CAACCACUCACUCUCCCAUCUCCUCACCUCGCUAGUCGCUGCACGCCCCAUCUGCCGUCCUUCUUUCUCCUUCUUCGCUACCUCUACUUCUUUCCUCCUCUCUUUGUCUCCCCCUGUCCUCCACACCUUCCCACAUCCUUCCGUUCACGUAAUCCAGCUUCUUUCGCCGUCCCAUCCUCUCUCUCAUUCUCCCGUCUUCUCUUCUUCUCCCCCCCUUUUUUCUUGUCACUUCUCUUCGUCUGCUCUCCCCGUUCACGAUCCCAAUCCCAAUCCUCCCGCCACCCGCCUCCUAAAUCCCAGGAUGACAGUGUGUUGGUAGAAAGACUAGAAAGCCGUCAAUUCUACAGCUCUGAUCUGUUCGCUCGCAAGCUCCUUUCUUCUUCUCUCCAACGCGUUUAUCCUCUCCUCUUCCCUCGAUCGAUCAACCGACCCGCUUAGCUCUCUCCUGGGACCUCGUCCUAAUAACGAAACGGUCUCGAUCACCAUCACAACCCCUUUCCACCACCUGUCUCAAUCCCCCCGGAGCCCUCGCCUGCGAGUCAUUGCUCCUGUCUCGUCAUCUUGUUCAACCACUGCCACCUUUCCCCAGCGACUGAGCGGAUAAGUGGAUCUGGACAGUUGGCGGACAGUCAUUGCUCCACUGCUCGAACCCGUUUCAUAAAAGGCCAGCCCUUCCCUUUCCACCACAUCGGCACGUCCCGCCAAGCUAGCUCCAGACCUGCCAAAAGAAACAAUCUUACGAUAGCUGUUGAUUUUGACACGUUGACGCUUCGUUUUGUUGCCCCGACGAAAAGGGCAUUUGAUGGCCUUUGCCACUUGGAAGUCGUGACUCAUCCUCCAAAGCUCUCCUGAAAUUCGGAGGUCCACCUCUCUUCCGCCCUCCUAUUUCACCAGUCCCGUCGUCCAAGAAGGCCUGCUACCUCAUACAGCUCUGAACCCCGUCAACAUCACCAGGGCGCCCAUCCACCUUGUGGACUUCACGACCUGUAACGAAGCGAUAUCCUUUUCCUGUUUUGCUCGAUCUCAUCCAACCUUCUGGUCCUUCUUGUUUAUAUAUAUAUUGUCUCUCUCCUCUUUUAACUCAUACUUUGGCCAAUCGAGGCUCCUUUUCUUUUACAAAGUCCAAAUGCAAUUAUAACGAUCAUUAAUUCCGUCCUUUUUCUUCGGUUGAUUUCCGAGGGUGUCGUUCCUCCCUCUCACCACACGGUCCGGACGGCGGUAUUUCUUUUGUAUUCCUUCUGACAUAUUCCGAACGGUUUUCGAAACUUGCAUUCUAUGAGCAUCUAAAUCGACAAUACGGUGUCUUUUUUUUUUCCUUUUUUUCUCUUUUUGUGCUUUUCGCGUUUAGCUUUGGGUUUGGGGUUGCUAUUUCCUCUCUCUGUCUCUCAUACGCACCAAGAACACACAGAGUACUCGGCCAGCGGCGGAGGUCACACGUCCUUUAAUCUCUCUCCUCGAUUUUCUUUUCUUUGUUAGAACUGACUCGCUCCUUGAUUGCCCUUACACUUUGCCGAAUAUGGAUUGCUUGCGGGACAAGUUUGUUCAAGGACAGUUGUUGGAUGGUCGAUUCCUCACGGUCACCCCGCUCAACCAUGGUUCCUUUGGAAUGGUCUUCCUCGCCAAGGACACCUUGACCGGAGAACAAGUUGCUAUCAAAUGCUUGACCAGACAGGCUUCAUCAGAUUCUUCCGAUCUGACUGUCGACGAACGUUCCGAGGAGAUGGAGUGCCAUGCUCGUCUCGGCUUCCACCCGAACAUUGUCAAUAUGAUCCACUCCUUUGAAACCAGGUCACAUAUUUUCUUGGUACUUGAAUACUGUUCGAUGGGUGAUUUGUACGAAGCUAUCAGGGUUGAUCGUGGUCCCUUGGAAACCGAACAUGUCCGUGACUUUAUGCUACAACUUAUUGGCGCUGUGGAGUACAUGCAUUCCAAGGGAUUGUAUCACCGUGAUAUUAAGCCCGAGAAUAUCUUCCUGUGCCAGGAUGGCUCAAUGAAGCUGGGUGACUUUGGACUUGCGACGCGUGCCAAUUGGUCUUUUGAGGCGUGUGUGGGAAGUGAUCGGUAUAUGGCUCCUGAACAAUACGAGCCAACUGCAGCCGGGUAUUCCCCUGGUCAGGCCGACAUUUGGGCCAUUGGAAUUUGCCUUUUGAACAUUUUGUUCUCGAGGAACCCUUUUGUUACGCCAACUGAGUCCGACGUUCUCUUCGCCGACUAUGCUCGUGAUCGCCAGUCGCUCUUUGAUGUCUUCCCCAAUAUGUCUCAGGAUACCUUUGAGAUUUUGACUCAUUCUUUGGCCAUUGAUCCGAAAAAGCGAUCUCUUUCUGCGAUGCGCGAGGCCAUUGUUCGUGCUGUCUCCUUCACAAUCGACGACGAGACUCUGGACGACUAUUGCACCGAAGACCGGAAUGUUGUCCCCGCAAGCGGCUAUCGUGAACCCCUUCGCACGCCAUCAAUCCAGAGUCCUCAGAUCAACCAAGGCGAUUCUUUUCCAUGGGCAAAAGCUCUUCAGUCCACUCCCCAGCAAGCUGUUCGUCAGUUGUCCGCGAUUCCCGACUCUGAAGUCUACACGGAAGACCUUUUUGCAACAUCGGCAGACGAGGGCAUGUCAUGGUACACGGGCAAUCACGGCUCGGCGUCUAUGGUAUCCACCUUUGAUUCGAACUUUGGACCAUCAUUCAAAUCUAUGGCAUUGCCCAAGGAUCGCUAUAGACAGUUCGACAAAGCUCCUAUCAGUGGCUCUUUGCCGGAGCCUGUUGGUGUUCCCAUUCCUUCCAUGUCCAUGGUGUUUGGUAAGGGUAAUGACGAGCAAGUAUCCAAGAGUUGGAGUGAUCUCUGGGAUGAAGAUCAAAUGGAGAAUGAGGCCCUUGAACUUCACAACCGUCAGGCUCACAAUGCGCGUACUUGGAGUCAGGAGAGCAAGGACGAUGAGCUUGGAAAAUCUGGGUUGACAGAGAUCGACCCUACUUCUUCCGCUCUCAACUCGCGUUCGAUGAUCCCGAACGGUCAAGCCAAGAGCGUUCCAAUCCCCAGGAAGGCCGAAAAUUUCCGUGGCAACGAUUCUCCUUGCCCUGGCAGUUUCACUCCCUCUAAGUACGCUCCAAAGCAAACGAUCAUGGACAAGUGGGCAGCCUUGGGCCAGAAGAGACGCAACUACCACCCGAAGGGCCAGCAACCUCCCCAGUGGAAGGCGAAGCAGAUUGUCAACCGCAACUGGCGCAAGGAUGCGGGACCCAACUCGCUCGGAUCCGAGAAUGAGCCUUGGAUUCGCAAGGGAAGCAGCCCGAAACACAACCGAAUCCGUCAAAACCAGCAUCCACAGUCGCAUUUGCUGAGCAAAGACUGGCGCCACGACCCGUUCCAGACGAUCAAGCCGAAAAAGGACUCCUGCCCAUUUUCACUUCAUGAUAGCUAUCCCGAUGAUGAAUUUGAUUUUAUUGGUGGAUGGCAGGAUCUUCAUAUAUAAGUUUCCCAUUCCUGGUCUCUCCUUGUUUCUUUUCGUCGUCAGACGACCUUUUUCCGAUUCCUCUCCUGACACAUCGACUGCUGCAGCCUGGUUUCUUUUCCUUUCUUUUUGUUCUAUAUCAUAACCAACUUUGGAAGCAUUCUCUCCUCAUAUAUCUCUACCGCAUAACCUCCCGCCCAAGCUUGGUGCACCGCUGACCAUGUGGAUUUCUUUUGAGAAAACAAAAAUACAAAAACCCCCUGUUUGUUCUAGACUGGAAAAAAAUGCGGGUGUGGUGUCGUCUACAUUGAAGUUUUGUUUGUACUAUAUGUGGCUGUCAUUAUCAAGAUACACGGGACGGCACGGCACGGCGAAGUUGGGAGGCAUCAACGGAGAUUUGACAAUUGGGUACCUUGUGGUGGCGUUUUCCCUUUUUAUUUUCAAUUCCCUUUUCAUCGCACAGCGUGUUUGAAGUUAUAUACCUUUGUUUUCCUACGAUUAUUAUUAUUAUUAUCAUAACACCAGCAGGCAUUGCACAGUCUUCGAGUCGUGGAGGAAUUCAUCUCCCCUUUUUUUGUUGAUGCUAAGAGGCGGAUAUGCAGCCCUGGGAAAGGGGAGUCUGGAAAAGAAGCUUGUGCCAGCGAAGGCUUUUGCAGCCCUCAUAUGGCAGCCACCUUUAUCACCGCUGAGAAAGGUGGAAGGAGAGUAAGCACCAGGACGGAGCUCUGGGUGAAGGUGUUUUUGUGUUCUGGCAUUCGUUCCUCGCCCUCUUUUGUUGUUUGUUCACUCGCUACACGGUAGCGCUUUCAGAUCUAAACGUUGGAAAAGAAAAGGAAAAGUAAAGGGAAAAAAAAAAUGUGUACUCUGGGAUCAAGCAGCCUUGGGGACUAUCGUUUUGAGAGGCUGCUCAUGUACUUUAGUAACAUUGUGAGAGUUAGAUCUGAAGCAAGAGAAAGGGAAAGGAGUAGGAAAAAGGAAUAUAAGGCAUUAUUCUACUCGG